AUGCCCUCCGGAAGACAAUUCGAGAGGCAUGUCGGUCGACAUCUACGAGAACUGGCGCUCUUUGCUCUGCCACAUUUCGAUUCAGAAGAGGAAGACUCGGUUACUUCCGAUAAGUCCCAGGAAACUGAGAUUGGAAGAACACACGAGGCUAAGUAUGAAGACGAUUCAGAUACCCCUGGCCACAGUCAAGCACAGGCGGUUGCAGAUAGAGCAAGAUUAGGUACCAAUCUAUCAAGUUCUUCCGACCAGACAGAAGGCGACGAGGGAGGAGGCAGCAUAACAGAUACCAUCCAUGCUGAGGAUAUACGAUAUUCCCCCACCACAAAGCGCAAGCAAGUCUCUCUCUUACUCCAUCCCCGCGCCAGUUGGCAGGACCUGCAGCAAAGGAUUCGUCGUGUAUUUGAGGACAUGCCGAUGGAAACAAUCAGUCCACACAUUGCUCAAGGUAACUAUGACUUACUGCAACCAAACGGUCAAUUGGUCGAUUCGCAACUCUGGGGUAUGUUUGCAUACUGGCUGGCCGCUGAGAAGUUACAGACAAUAGAAAUUCGCAUACGACAUGGCUAG